GACGUAACGCGCAUGCGCGCCGCGAUGAUCUCGUCGCCUUGCCGGUAACGUACCGCCAUUUUGUGUUCGGCGAGCUACUCGGAGACACGAUCCGCAUCGUCAUCGUUAAUUACAGGAAAUUCGUUUUCACGAGAGAAUGUAAACAGAAUACAGUCGAGCAUUUGGCUUUACAGUUGAGAGACUGGGGGUUAACCUCCUCAGAGUAAUACGAUAUCUGGAGGUGACACAGCCACGAAUUUUCUGUAACACACAUAUAUAUAUAUAUAUAUAUAUAUAUAUAUAUAUGUAGAUACAUAGAAAAUAUUCUACGCAGUGUCUUCCUUGUCUCUUCAAUUUGUUCUCUCUUGUCUGCGUAAUGUCUUCAUAAUGAUCACAGAUCGCAUUCGUUGCGUGAAUCGCAAUCGUGCAUUGUUUCGAAAAAAUAAAAGAAGAAUCGUGAAGUAGAGUCAGUGUUUGUUCGUUAAUUUCACUUUGUCCGGUGUGUCGCGAUUUAAAUUGAUUUUUAGAAGUAUGCGGGCUUGUAUUGACUGCGCGCAAAGCGGUCAUAGAGUCACAAUGUUCUCUCUCGUAUAAAGUUUUCUUUUUCUUUCUCUCUCUCUCUCUCUCUCUGUCUCUCCUUUUUUUAUAUUUUUAUUUAUUUCAGUUGUCAGACAGAUCGUACAUAUACAUGUACGUAUAUAAUAGCAGAGAUUUUAUAAUUAAAUUCAGUGUCGUCUCGUUAGUUAGUAAAUAAUUAUCGCGUGUUUAGAGUCAAAGUGCAUCAUUGAAGAUCUAACAUCAAUAUCCAGAAACAAUUUCAACGAAUGCUUGAUGUUCCUCCAACUACGUCACAUAUUUGAGCUGAUACGAAUCACAACCUCUCCUUUAAUUUCGAGUUACAACGUGAACGAGUGUUUUGGAGCCAUCAGAGAGCUUCUAAAUUAGGGCGCUCGAUGUUGCUAUAUUAUUGACUGCGGUAGAGGUUCUACGAACAGAUCAGUUUUGUGGUUCGUACCGGUAUUACGGAGAUCUUAUUAACGCGGGAUAGGACACAGAGGAUAUUAUCAUCAUGGAUUUGCGAAAAUUUUGUCGAAAAUUACCAAAGAUCGAAUUACAUGCCCAUUUAAAUGGUUCUCUCACUUUACCGACAUUGGAAAAAAUAUAUAGAAUGACAAAUACGGAUAAUAUGGGAUUCGAGAAAUUUGUACAGAUUAUUCAAGCCAAGGGAGAUUUGAAAGAAUCUUUCAAAUUAUUCAACGUUAUAUAUUCGUUAACAGUUAACCCACAAGCCAUUUAUAUUGCUACAUGUGACGUAAUAAAGGAUUUCAUGGAGGAUAAUGUUAUUUAUUUGGAAUUAAGAAGUACACCACGACAUGUACCGGGACAUAUGACGAAGACGGAAUAUAUAGAUGCCAUGAUACAAGGUGUAAGCGCAUCUAAAAGGACGUGUCCUGAUAUAAUCGUUAAAUUGUUAAUAUCUGUCGAUCGUGCUCAAGAUUACGAGAAUGCCAAAGAAAAUUGUAAUUUAGCGAAAAGUUAUGCGGAAAAAUAUCCUGAUCUGAUAAUUGGAGUUGAUUUAAGUGGAGAUCCGGUUAAAGGAAAUUUGUAUCUCGAUCUUUUAUACGAAGUACGAAAAGCUGGCCUGAAAGUUGUAAUACAUUGCGCUGAGAUCCCUAACAGAGCGGAUACAUGGGAUGUACUUAAAUUCCGUCCAGAUAGAUUAGGUCAUGGUACUUGUAUACAUCCUAACCUUGGAGGAACAGUUGCCACCUUUGAUUAUUUACGUAAAUCACAAAUCCCUGUUGAACUGUGUUUGACCUCUAAUAUUAUAUGUGAAACUGUAUCGUGCUACGAAGAUCAUCAGUUUAAAUAUCUGUACGAAAGUGGACAUCCUAUAUCUAUCUGCACCGAUGAUAAAGGAUUGUACAACACAACUUUAUCCAAAGAAUUUGAAAUUGCGAGCACCACCUUUGAUCUUAAAAAAGACGAUCUCAUCAAUAUUUGCAAAUCAUCGAUAGAGUGUUCUUUUAAUUCUGAGAAGGAGAAAUUAAAGUUAUUAUCUAUUUUAAACGAUUUCGGUAAAAAGGGGAAAACGUUGAGUAAACAUCCUUAAGAAAACAAAAUAAAUAAUUAACCUUUAGUUCACCUUCAUGAAGAAUUAUGGUAUCUCGUUCUAGAAGUCAUUAAAGGAUUAAACAUAUGAAUUAUAGACGAAAUAAAUUUAUCAUUCAUAUGAAAUCGAAAUGAUAACAAUUUAUCCUUUAAUUUUUUUUAUUUUCUUUUCCUUUUUUAAUCAUGAUCGCCGUUUCAUGAAUAUAAAGAAAAAGAAAAAAAAAAAACAAGCUCUUCCAGAAAAGAAGAUAAAGAUUAAAUGAUAAAUAAAUCUAUCAUUUAAUAAAAAGUCCUAUAAAGUACCUGAAAAAAAAAAAAGAAAAAAAAAAUGCAAAAAUAUAGCAAAAUCAUAACAUAAUUCUUUUUCAUCUUAAUUCACGAUAAUUCAAGAUAAAAAGGAAAACAAAAACUGAAACUGAUCUAAAAAUUUGCAACAUUAAAAAAGUAAAAAAAAAAAAAAAUAAAAAGAAAGAAAGGAAUACGACGAGUCAAAGACAAUCAAUCGAAUUUUCACACGUACGUUAGAACAGUUUAAAGAAAUCACUUUUCCUUUUUAACAUUUCAAUUUUCUUAAUUUCUGAACACACAAGACAAUAUACACAUACAAUGACCACUUAGUGCAUAGUUAUAAUAAAUAAAGUCUCAAAUACUCGGUAAAUAAUAAAUGAGCGAGCGAGAUUAGAGAUUAGAUAUUAUUAAAAUUAAUUAAAACAAUAGAAAAUAUUCAUAGCCCAGUUAAUAUUUACAUAUAUAGAUAGAAUGAUAUUUAAUUAUUUUUAUAAAAAAUAUCCUUAAAUAUCAUAUCAAUCGAUAAAUAUUUUCUUCCAUCUUUUUUUGCUUCCCGGUCGUUAAUAAUUAAUAAAUCGCAUUAAAAAAAAAAAAAGAGAGAGAGAUUAGAAUUAAACGAAAUAAUGGUUAAUUAAAUUCAGUUAUCAUUUCAAUAUUAAGAGCAUAAUUGAAUAUCGCUAGUUUUGUACAUAUAUAUCUAUAUAUAUAUACAUAUACACAUAUAUAUAUACAUAAUUAGUUUUUUUUUUAUUUUUUUAUUUAUCUUUUUUUUUUUAUUUUCCUGUUAUCCGACAAAUUGUUCUACAAGUUGGUUUUAUCGCAAUACCUCAUAACGAUUAGUCGAUAAUUAAAAACAAAAAAAGAAAAAAGGAAAAAAAAAAACAGAAAAAUAACCAAAAAUAUUCGUUCGUCUUUCUUAUCUCUUUUCACAAUUUUGUAAAUUUCUUUUUUUUUUUUUUCAUUUUUUCUUUUUGCUCUUCUACUCUAUCUGCUCUAAUCCGCUCUCUUUUUAUUCUUCUCUCUCAUUUUUUCCAUUUCUCUAUUUUGCAUGAAUGACGCGCGCACGCGUGUUCAUUCCGGUGAAUCUUUUCCAUUUCUUGAUUUCGUAAAUUUUUCUUCAACUCAAGAAGGAAUUUAUUAAUUAUUUCACGAUUUUAUAAAAUAACAAAAAACUUUUCUCUAUCUCUUCUCCCUUCUAGCUUUCGCUUAAUUUUUCUUUCAGUAACAAUUUUUUUUUUCAUUUAUUUAUUUUUUAAUUUCUUUUCUCGAUUUGAUAUUGUUAAAAUUUUACCGAGGAGAGAGAUAGAGAGAGAGAGAGAAUAUUUUUUAAAAACUUAUUAAAUUUUGACUUUAUUACGUAUGAUUAUGUCCUUGAAUUUCGUCGAUAAUGUAAAUACAUAACGAAACAUAAUACUCAUAAAACAAAAACAAAAGUAUACAUUCGAAAGGAUGGUUGAUGGAAAAAAAAGGAGAAGACGAAAACUAAAAAGAAAAAAGACCUUGUAAAAAAGAACGAAAAGGAGCAUAAAAAUACAGAAAAAGAAAAAAAGAAAAAGAAGGAAAAAUAAACUAAAGUUUAAAAAAAAAAAUUUAUUGAAAAUAAUCGAUUCUGCUAUAAAAUUGCGAUUGCUCUUUCAACAUGUAAUAAAUAAUAUAUAACAUCAAUUUAGAUACGAAUUAAAAUAAGAACGACAAAAAAUUCAGAUUUUUUGAAGGGGGAAGAAAAUAAUGAUAACAAGAAAAAAAUAGAAAUCAAAAGAAAAGGAAAUAGUCCACUUUUAUUUCUUUUUUCUUUUUUGCUUUUUCUAUUUUUUUUCUUUUCUUUUUUUUUCAUUCAUCUGUCUCACUCCCGUUUCCGAUAUCAAUUAAUUACGUACACGAUAUAUUAAGAACGAUCGCAUUUUUCUUUUUUCUUUUCUUUUCUUUUUUUUUUUUUUAAAUAAUUUUUAUUUCUUCUUCAUUUUCAUUUACUUCUAUCAUCAACACACCGUCGCAACAAUUAACUCGAUGUAUCGACAUUGUUUUUUGUUACAUAAAAAGAAAAAAAAAAAUCUAAUCGUCAGAUUAGAGAAAUUUUUUUACAAAGUACAAUUGGGAAUUAAAGGACACUAUUUAAUUGGUUUCGAAGAGAAUUUUAUGACGAUUAGAAUUUAGAAAUUUCCUCGUGACUGUUUAAUUAUAAAUUGUGUUUUAUAACAUUGAAAAUUCUUUUAAAGAAAAUUAAUGAUCAAAUUCGGAAUUGAUUAUAAUUUAACGUAAUUGGAUUAGAAAUUAUAUUUCGAAAAGAAAAAAUUGAGAUUUUUUAAAGAAUUCUUAAAACAGAAUAAUGAUCACAGUCGAAAUCAAUUAUUAGCAAACAAAGUUAAAUUGCGAAUUAUACUUGGGGGAAAAAAAAAAUUACUUUGAAAACAUUAACAAAAAAAAAGCCAAAAAAAAAGAUAAUCAAAUUUUAAAUCAAUGUCAUUAAUUCUAAAACAAAAGUUCGUCGGCAUCUGAGUCAUUUAAAAUAAACGAUCGACUUAUUAAGAUCUAAAUACGUUGAUUAGCAUUAAAUGGAUCAUUGAUAAAAUUUGGUUAGAAAAAAAAAGAAGUUUGAAACGAACGUUUUUUUCUUUUUUUUUUUUCCAUAUAUUUUUUAUAUAUUUUAUAUUUUGUAAUAUUUUUAUCGUUUCUAGACUCAUACACUUGAUCGAUUAGAAAUAGAUAAAACAUUUAUAUAGUAUAAUAUAUUAGAAUAAGAUCGAUAUAUCUGUCCAAUGAUUAGAUAUUUAUUUCUAACAUUUUUCUAAUCGUACGUAUGGAAAAUGUAAAGAAAAAAAUUAUCAAAAAUUAAGGGGAAAGGGGAGUGUAUAGUUGACCAAAUGGACAAAAACUAUUAUUAAAUUUUUAUAUAUACAUAUGUAUGCAUAUACGUACUUACAUACGUUUGUAUGUAUAUCUGUGCAUAUUUAUAUAUAUAAAUAUAUACAUAUAUGUAUGUAUACGUGUUAUAUCUAUUUCUAUUUGAAUACGUGUUUUUUUUUUUAUGUAAUUAAAUUACUCACAAUUUUCCGAAGAAAUGUAAAAAUAUAAAAAUCCAGAAAGCGAUCAUUGUUUAUUGAAAUCAAGAAAAUAUUGUAGUGAUAGUAAUAUUAUUAUUAUUAGUGUAUAUAUAUAUAUAUAUAUAUAUAUAUAUAUGUAGUAUAAUGACCAUAUGUAUUGUCUUGAUUUAUCUAUUAAUGUAUUUAUAUUGAUCUAUUUAAUUUAUAUACCAGCGUAUCUUGUGAUAUUAUCUAAACUAUUUAUAAUAAUUUAUGAUAAUUAUAAUCGUUGUAAUAAUAUGCGAAGUAGUACGGCGAAUAGCAUUAAAAAAAGAAAAAAAAGCAAAACCAUAAGAGGAAAAAGUAAAUAAAAAAAAAAAAAAGAAACAAUCAAGCAAAGAACCAUGUAAACGAACAACUAAGAAAAAUUCAUACCAGCGAUGUUUAUUCCUGGGGAUUAUGUAGUAAAAGAGUACAAUACAUACACACACCAACAUGAA